CUGGGUAACUUUGAAUUUGCGGGUAACAUUGAACUAAACGUCAUUCAUAAAAUGCCAAGAAAAUGUUCGACAACUCAUCCUGGCACAAGAAAAUAUGGCACUAAAUCUAAUUACACCAAUUCUACACUUCAAGAGGCUUUAGCCAAAAUUAAAUUAGAAAAAAUGUUGAUUGGUGAAGCUUCUAAAAUUUAUAAAGUACUUAAAGCAACAUUAUUUUACAAGCUAAAAAGUAAACACUGUAAAUCAGUAGGGUGUCCUAUUGCCCUUAGCAUUGAUGAGGAACUUUGUUUUGAAAAUCACUUACUUUAUUUAAGUGACAAAGGUAUACCAAUUGGAAUUAAUGAAUUUAAAAGUAUUGUCAAAAUCUAUCUGGAUGAUAGUGGAAAAAAUAUACAACAGUUUAAAGAUAACCGACCAGGUUGGGAGUGGUGUAAACUUUAUCUUGACAGGCAACCAUCAUUAAAAGAAAAAGUAUUUCAAGGAAACAGAAUGAAUUAA